UAAAGAGAUGAUUUAUCUGUAACCUGGUCGGCCAAUCUUACAGUAUAUACGUAUUCAUCAUAGUGUAUGGUAGACACAAUUUUAAACAUCAUGGUAUCUAUAGAUCAGAGUUAUGAAGUUUGCUCUCGGAAUGACACCUCCACAUCCUGGGUUCCAGCUGGAAUGGAAUACUUCUUUGGAGUAUCUGGUAAUACCAUUGCCCUCAUUCUUCUGUGGAUCAAUCGAAAGGAACACCGGUGGCAAUCAUUCUACAAACUUUUUACCGGUCUCAUCCUCACCGAUUUCCUCGGAAUAUUUCUAGUUUAUCCCUUUGUCAUGAAGAGAUACUCCUCGGAUUUCACGUGGUGCUACCCGACGUCUCUUUGUCAAUUCACUUCCUUUGUUUUUGUCAAUGCCCACUUAUCAGAGGCGUUCAUUAUCUGUGCCAUGUCUGUUGACCGAUUCAUAAGCCUUACACCCACAGAAAACCAAUCCAGAAGAUACACCCUCGCCCUGAUAGGAAUAUGGAUCGCAGCAAGUUUUAUAGCCUGGCUUGUUACAUCUUAUGGGAGUCGGACAAGAAAAUCUUUAUUUUCCCGGCUCAUGGUGCUACUUUGACUUUGUUGGUAAUACCACAGGAAACCGUGUCAUGUCAUACAUCUAUGCUUUGAUAGGAAUAUCUAUCCUUUCUGUUACCAGUACUAUUAACGCUAUCACAAUCUAUCGAAUCUGGAGAGACCCGGACCGAUUAAGAUAUCUUGAAGACACGAGACGUAUUUCUGGAUCCCUUGAUUCUCACGUAAUGAUUUUCAUAAGUGCAGUCACUGUGGUAUUUGUUAUUUUAUGGACUCCCCUAAUUGUUGUUGUUUUCCUGCAUGCUGCAAAUAUACGAAACGAAAACAAUGAGGUGGAAUUGUGGUUCCUGAGAAUGACCGUCUGCAAUGCCAUAGUCGACCCAUGGCUUUAUAUUGUACUUAGGAAGGAAUCCCUGGAAAAGAUCAUUUAUAUCUUACGCCAGUGCACAGGAAACCCAUCCCAGGAAAACGAGGCUUUAAUUUCAUAAUACACACUACAUGUACCUUUAUCAUUACUGAUUUAUUAAGACAGAGGCUUAAGAGGACAUAAUAUAUUGUAUCAAUGUCACCCAUAUUUUGAAUUUUAGUACAGAUGUAUUCGAUAAUAUCUAGCAAAUAAUAAUGAAGAAAUUAUAAACAAUCAAUGAUAAAAAUACAAAAUAAUAUUCUGAAGGAA